GUAACUUACAUUAUCGAUGUCGGCAAAGGGUCCAAGGAAUGGGGGUUUCAACAUAAGGGAAGAUACAUAGCAAUUUCUAUCGCCAGAAAAAGCAGACCCUUACGAACUUUAACUGCAUUCACGAGUAGUACAAUUGAAGCAUUAUAG